AUGAUCUCAGCUACUUGGCUUUUCUGCUCUGCAAUUCCUACACUUCUGGCUUUUAAAAGGGCAGCAGAGUCUCUUGAAAAAUUGCUUAAUGUAACUAGGGAAGAGCUUCCUGACACAAUGGUUGUUGUUCGUUUAUCAGGAAUGGAAAUAAGUGACUUAACAAUGGCUCUCAGUGAUUUAGGGCAUGAGAUAACCCAAGGUGUUAAAAGCUCCACCCGUGCAGUUUGUUUGGCUGAGGAAAUAUUGAGGCGAUUGACAAACAUGAAUCCAGCAGGUUAG